GCAGCAUCAGCUGUUAGCUCUGCUUUAAGCCUUUUCGCUGCCGAUCGCUGCCUGCACAAAGGAAAUAUAUGAGAUCCCCUCUCAUCCCUGAAAUGGCGACACAGGAGGUACAGCUGAACGAGACUCUCGUGCAUCUGAAAACGGAGUCGGAGACGCUGAAGUCGAAGCUGGAGGAGGAGAGAGCGAAGCUGCACGAUGUCGAGCUACAUCAGGUGGCAGAGAAGGUGGAGGGGCUGGGUCAGUUUGUGAUGAAGACCCGGAGGACUCUGAAGGGCCAUGGGAACAAAGUCCUGUGUAUGGACUGGUGUAAGGACAAGAGGAGGAUCGUGAGCUCCUCUCAGGAUGGGAAAGUGAUCGUUUGGGAUGCUUUCACCACCAAUAAGGAGCAUGCUGUGACAAUGCCCUGCACCUGGGUGAUGGCCUGCGCCUACGCCCCCUCCGGCUGUGCUGUAGCAUGUGGGGGCCUGGAUAAUAAAUGCUCAGUGUAUCCUCUGUCUCUGGACAAGAAUGAGAACUUGGCUGCUAAGAAGAAGUCGGUGGCCAUGCACACAAACUACCUGUCAGCCUGCAGCUUCACCAACUCAGACAUGCAGAUCCUGACGUCCAGCGGGGACGGGACAUGUGCAUUGUGGGAUGUUGAGAGUGGUCAGCUGUUGCAGAGUUUCCAUGGACACGCAGCAGACGUGCUCUGUCUGGACCUGGCCCCCUCCGAGACUGGGAACACGUUUGUUUCAGGGGGCUGUGAUAAGAAGGCCAAUGUAUGGGACAUGCGCUCAGGGCAGUGUAUUCAGUCCUUUGAAACUCAUGAAUCAGACAUAAAUAGUGUGCGAUACUAUCCCAGUGGGGAUGCAUUUGCAUCUGGCUCAGAUGAUGCUACAUGCCGCCUGUAUGACUUAAGGGCAGACAGAGAAGUGGCGAUUUAUUCCAAAGAGAGCAUCAUAUUUGGGGUCUCCAGUGUGGAUUUCUCUCUCAGUGGGCGGCUACUGUUCGCUGGCUAUAACGACUACACCAUAAAUGUUUGGGAUGUUCUCAAAGGAACACGGGUCUCUAUUCUGUUCGGACAUGAGAACCGCGUCAGUACGCUGCGUGUUUCCCCGGAUGGGACGUCCUUCUGCACAGGUUCCUGGGACCACACUCUUCGGAUCUGGGCUUGAGGAUGAAGAGGAAUAAACGGUAGACAGACCUACUGAGAAACACCAACGUUUCUGUUUGCUAGAGUACAAUCACAGAGAUAGAGACUCAGUUUUGGUUGCACAUAGGGCAUAUUAAUAGCAUUGUAUAUACUCCAGUCUCAUGGCCAUGGUAGAUUUACAUAUUUCAGAGAGAAAAUGUAUCCAAAUGGCACGCGCUUGUACGGUAUGUUUCAAAAGAAAAUUGCACAGACGUACUUAAAACUCAAGAUGAAAAAUGUAUAUUACAGAAAAUAUCAUUGGUAGUGACUAGCGUCAGUCUAGGAUAGAAGUGAUACAAUAAAGUGAUGUAUUGUAUGUGCCCACAUAAAGGACAUUACUUAUUUAAUAAUUUGUUUUUUUGCACACAAUAAAUAAUGGAGGAAUGCAGUCUGUAGAAGAAAAUGGGAUACUAGGAACAAAACGCAUCUGUAGGAAAAGCACUGAGGGUUUUUAUGACAUGUUUUGAGACCAAAAAUGUAUCGCGAUGGGAGUAUUAGAAGUGAGGAUGUUUAGAUUGGCUUGUCGAAAUGAAUCAAUAUAAGUUAUGAAUAGAAUUUGACAUGAAGGAGCAUUGGCCUAUAAUAUAUUGUGAACAAAAUUAAAGAAUUGUGAUUUAUUUAAGAUGGAAAUAUAUCUAAUUCCACACCCAGUGCGCCCAAGAAGCCUUGACAGCAACUCACCUGCCGAUAUUAUUCUAAAAAAAGCACAUGUUUACAGGUAAACCUACAAUACAUGCUGAUGAUUUCCCUUCCUUAUGAUUUUCAAAGGUUUACCUCUCAUCCUUCUGUUAUGUCCUGCUCUAUGUGCACAUUUAGUAACUACAAACACCCUGAACCUUUGGUCGCCCUCUAGAUAUUUAAAUACUAAUAUAUAAAAACAUGUUUAAAUUCAUAGAAUGUUCUCAUGCAGUUGUCCAAUGGCUGUAAUUUCAUAUUUAAUGUAAUUAUUUUAUUGUAGUUAAGUGUACAGUUAAUAAAGGGACUGUUUAUUAAAGUAUUACAAAACAUAAUAAACUGAGUUUUGAAUAUCA